AUGCGCCAGCAGCCACGAGGACAGGCUCGGUCCGAGCUCAGUCAAUGGGUCCAGCCGUUUCCGAUUUCCAGUCAGUUUGCCAGCCUUGCUGCUGCUGCUGCCGCCGCUGCUAGUGCUGGUGGUGCUGCUGCUGGUGCUGGUGGUGCUGCUGCUGGUGCUGGUGGUGCUGGUGCUGGUGGUGCUGGUGGUGCUAGUGCUGCUGGUUGUGCUGGUGCUGCUGGUGCUGCUGGUGCUGCUGGUUGUGCUGGUGGUGCUGGUGGUGCUGGUGCUGCUGGUGCUGCUGGUGGUGCUGGUGGUGCUGGUGCUGCUGGUGCUGCUGGUUGUGCUGGUGCUGCUGGUUGUGCUGGUGCUGCUGGUGGUGCUGGUGCUGCUGGUGCUGCUGGUGGUGCUGGUGCUGAGAGCAACAGGCUGAUAGUCCCCCGCAGCAAGUGGGCUCAAGGGCUCGUGGCAAGCCACAUGAAUGUGCCGGCUGAGCCUCCCAAGAGAGGUGAGCAGAAGUAA